GUAUCUAUAAACAGAGUGAGAGACUGGUAGCAGCCGCAUGUGCUAGAGCUAGACAGAAGUCAGUCUCCUUCCCCUCUCUCUAGUGCUCGCCGGCUCUUUCCGUCGCCAUGGACGUCCUCCUCUGCUGCUGCCUGCUGCUUCUCCUGGCCUCCGCCGCGUCCGCCGGCAGCGAGCGGUGCGUGCGGCAGGGGAAGGCGGCCUACUCUUCCUCGCUCUCUCCGGCCCCUCACGGUAGCAGCAGCGGAGCGUGCGGGUACGGCGCCAUGGCCGCCGAGAUCAAUGGGGGUUUCCUCGCCGCCGGCGGGCCCAGGCAGCACCGCGGGGGCCUCGGCUGCGGCCGCUGUUUCCAGAUGAGAUGCCGAGACGCAAGGCUGUGCAGCGCCGGGGGAGUGCGGGUGGUGCUGACCGACUUCCACAGGAGCAACCGUACGGACUUCCUGCUCGCCGGGCCGGCGUUCGCGGGCCUGGCCAAGCCCGGGAUGGCCCAGCAGUUGAACAGGCGAGACGCCCUCUCCGUAGAGUACAAAAGGAUUCCCUGCGAGUACAAGGAGAAGAACCUGUCGAUCCGGGUGGAAGAAGCGGGCGACAGGAGCCGGGGCAAGCUGGUGGUGAAGCUGCUGUACCAGGGCGGGCAGACCGACGUACUGGCGGUGGAGGUGGCCCCCGUGGGGUCGUCGUCGGAGUGGCGGUUCAUGACAAGGGCGUACGGGCCGGUGUGGAGCACGGACCGGGCCCCCGCCGGCCCGCUGCAGUUCCGCGCGGUCGUCACGGGCGGCUACGACGGCAAGUGGGUGUGGGCCGAGCAGGAGGUGCUGCCGGCCGACUGGCGCCCCGGCCAGGUCUACGACACCGGCGUCCGCAUCGUCGACGUCGCCCGGGACGCAUCCCGCGGCUGCACCGCCGCCGCCAUGGACGACUGGAAGUGAAGUGAGGAUAUGGCUGGGUAGAUUAAAAAUACGUAUGAAUACAUACUAACACGUCGCCACAUCGGUGCUGCGACACUCUGGUAAGAAGAGGACAGCAUGCAAUGGCUCCAAGAACAGCAUCCCCCCCAAGCGCGUCCGGCUGUCCAGAGGAGAGGAGGAAGAAGAUUGGAGUAGCUAGCAGCUAGGGUGUAAUUGUGUAUGCAGGAUCUUCUAUCAAGGUCGAUCCGAUUAGAUGCAGGCAAAAAAAAAGAGCUGGGAUCCAGUCGACAGUUCUAAUGGGUCAUGGCGUCAUGCCAUCCUGGCUGUACCACAAACUCGACUAAAAGCAAAAGGAAAAAAUUAACAAAAAAUCACGCUAUCAUUCAACUA